AUAUCAAAGGUACAAAUAAGCAACAUAUCUACGGUGUCUUGCAGCAAGUAAAGAGAUAAUAUCUUCUGGGAGAGUGGACGGAACCCGAGGACCCCGACCAUCCCGUGUUGCGUGGAUAUAGGCAGCAGAGUAAGUCUCGCACUUGAGUCAUGGUACCGGUCACCGUUAGAAGUCUCUUCAUCUUAUCUCUGGGCCGUCUGUGCAUAUAGACCCAACUCUCUCUGAGCACGUGCAGGGUACAUGACCGCUACUUACCCUACUUGGUGAGCCAUGGUACCCUGUCUCAAGUUCGACUACACCACCCUAUCUGUCCACAUUCCAUUGAUAUGAUUCUGAAUCCGUCCACGUCCGGCCAACCGUCACGAAAGUGAUUACUACAACAACUGAUAAAGAACGCUUGACUCCUCUGCGAUAUGCGUCUUGUAACCCUCUCCGUGGCGUGUCUGUGGUUCAUCGGCUGCGUUGCUACUUCGCCACCUAGUCCAGACGAUGCCACUCCAAACUCGAAUCAUGAUGAAUAUCGCUCGCCGUUCCCAAUUGCCUCCGGCCAUGAGAUCCAUCUUCCAUGCCAUACGUCGUCAAUCUGCGGAAGCCGCCCUACUGAAAGCUCCAGCUCAGACGACUACCUCGCAUUGACCUUCUCCACCGAGAACGACUCGCUACGGGUGAACAACAACACCAUUCUCCCAGCUCGCCUUCCAAUGCGCCUGACUGCUACCAAGUACUCGAAAUCACAGAAAACUGAUCCCGACACACUCACUUUACGGUAUGGGAUGAACAUACUCCCUGUUCAGCGAUUUCAAACAGGCCCGAUAACCGACCAGUUCCGACUGGAUCUCAACCUGUUCGACGAGUCCGGACAUCCAACAGACGCCAAUAUGCUGUCCAUCGGACUUUCCCGCGAUACUCAGGAUACACUACGGAUCACAAUGAUCACAAUAAACCCUAGUCCCAAAGACUCAAAAUGCCAAGGCAAUACCACCCCUGGGCACCGACACUCAACACCUUCGGGGCCAUCAGCUCCGACGAAGCACGCGGGUCGGAGCCAUAAAUCCGAGUCCGAAUCCGAGUCCCAGGUUCACAAAUGGCUCGAUGCUGGCCGGAGGUUCGGCGAGAAGAGUUACGGGUCAUUCACGUCGGCGUUCAAGUCGCGGCCUUGUAAAUCGCCUUGUUCCGACCGAUACUCAUAUGUACCGAGUAGUCACAGACCCAGCAGGGUGCCUAUAGUGGAUAUCCUGCGUGUCUUUUACCCGGCUAUUCUUCCAUUCUUACUUGGUGUAGUGGCGGGUGGUGCCAUUUGCCUUAUUGGGGUUAUGGUGCGCAAAUCUGCUGCGUACUGGUCUUGUGGGAAGGGGUGUGAAAGGGGCCGCGAAGGUUCCGGUGCUCGGAAUGAAGGGGAAACUACAGUCGAGAAGUCGUAAUCGGGUGUUGCUUGGGGUGUAUUUGGGAUUUUGAAAUUAUUAUUUUCAUAUGUACAUUUUUCUUUCGGUAUAAUGUCGUGGACGAAUGACGGUUUCGGUUUUGCAA